GAACAAUUUGCAGAGCUAUUAAUUUGAGCUUUCAUAUCACACUGCUGCAGCCAAUAUUUCUUCCUCUGGUUUACAGAUGGAGAGCAGACCCAAGUACUACGGCAGAGAAUUUCAUGGGAUGAUAUCUCGAGAAUACGCAGAUGAACUGCUAGUAGGCAAAGAGGGCGCAUACCUCAUCAGGGAGAGCCAAAGACAGCCAGGGACUCACACCUUGGCCUUGAGCUUUGGACACCAGACCCUCAACUACAGAUUGUUUUAUGACGGGAAGCACUUUGUCGGGGAGAAGAGGUUUGAGUCCGUCCACGACUUGGUGACGGAUGCCCUCAUCACCCUUUACAUCGAGACCAAGGCAGCGGAGUACAUCGCCAAGAUGACCACCAACCCCAUCUACGAGCACCUUGGCUGCACGUCGCUGCUCAAAGACAAAAUGGUGCACAGGCUGAGCCGUGGACGCACGGAGCCUCGCAGGGUCACCUUCCAGAGCGACACGGUGAGUUUGAGCGCUGUUCAUGUCACAUAAAGACGUACAUUCUCAGCAGCGGUCCAGCUCUGCUUUUACAGUGAUGACUCGCAUCUUUAUUUAAAGUAGACCUCAACUUCAUCACCAAAGAACAAGGCAGAUUGUGCAGAUUCACACAGAGCCCCAAUAUCGGCAUAAUGGAGUUGGAGUGAUUAGACAUACACAGAGAGAGACAGAAAAACUCCUUUAAUCUAUGACAAGUCAGCACUAGUAGAAUAUUAAUCUGACAAGAGCCUUGAAACAGUUUCACCAGUUUUUUUAAUCUGUUGCACAAUUUCCACUGCGAAUUAAUGUUUAACUGGGUGAAAAGCUCAAGAUGUAAAUGUUCACAAGAAGCUAGCUUUUCAAAAUGCAAAGUGUUGUAUGAUUUGAUUUAAAUGAUCGCAUCUAUCUGCCCGAUCUUUACAUAUUUACGAUAUCCUGCUGAAGUUCAGCAGGUUUCUGGAGCCUUUCAGUCUAAUGAAAGGUGGCGAAGAUCUGAAAUGGAUCGCCACAGCACCACAGAGCCCAAUUCAAGCAAUCUGCAUAGUACCUCGCAAAACUAUUCAGUCCACUUGAACAGUUUCACAAGACUUCACCUGAAAACCACUAGAUUGAAUGUUUUUUAUUGGCACUUCAUGCAGUACUUAACUCAAUUAUGAGUUAAUUAUGAUUACUAACUCAUAACUGUGAAGUGGAAAGAAAGCAAUCCAUAAAACUGACCUGAGCUAAACAUUUAGACCUCCGUGGAAAAUCCAGUUUGUGAUACAACACUAAUACUACACGUCACCCUAAAUGCACCAUCCCAAAACUAAUGUAUUUCUAAUAUUUUUCUUUUGUAGGAGCAGAGAAGCUGGGUUAAAAUUAGUAGAAAGAUGGAUGGAGCUAAAUACAAGGCAAUCCUAGAUGAAAAUUGCUCCAGCCAGAGCUGCAAUAUCAAGUUUGACCUGGUGAAAAUUCAUAUCUAAGCCACACUGAUGAUCAUUGGCCACACUUGAAUAUUGAUGUUGAUAGCUGCUUUUCAUUCAGCCCGAGUGAAGACAUGUCAUCUCACACUUUUCGGAUCUUUAUAACCUAAAAACCUUGAACAUCAUUCAUGCUUUUUCUUCCACUUCACAGUUGUGCACAACCUUGUGUUGGUUUAUUACUUUAAAUCCCAGUAAAAUACAAUAAAAUUUUUGGCUAUAAAGAGGCUAGAGGAAUAUGAAAACCUCAGCUGGGUAGUGUAUGUAUUUCAUUAAUGUUUUUU